AUGCCGCUGCUGAGACCGGCUGCGCUUGUGACACUGAUGAGGAUCGCGGGGAACGGCGGGCGGCGGGAGGGAAGCGGGGGUCUCCGCCGGUGCCGGGAUUCGCCGGGGGUUUUGCAGAUCCCUUCGCUUUUCUCAGCCCCCCAGGGACGACGGUAUUCGGCCCCCCCGCAGCCGGUGAUCGCCGCCAAGCAGCCGUUCCCGGUGGAGCUGAAGGCGGGGAAGAAAUACGCCUGGUGCGCCUGCGGGCACAGCAAGAACCAGCCUUUCUGUGACGGGGCCCACAGGAAAGCGGCGCCGGGAAUCUCCCCGCUGCGCUUCAUCCCGGAGGAGGACAAGACGGUCUGGCUGUGUGGGUGCAAGCGCACCCGCUCCCCCCCCUAUUGCGACGGCACCCACAAAGAAGAGGCCGUGCAGAGAGCCCAGCUCUCUGCAAAACCCUGA